CCUUGGUAAGUUAGGAUUGCACUUCAUACCCGGUGAGUUAUGGCUUCUAUUCCUAUUGUUGUUACUUGCACCUCAUGUCAUAUGUUUAGUUUAGCCUUCUCUGUCAGCGGCGAGGGUUUUACAUGUGAUAAAUGCAGGGAAGUAGUUAGGCUGACGGAGAAGAUUUUAGAAUUAGAGUCUCGCAUCCAAUCUUUAUUUGAGGAUAGUAAGAGUGUAAGAACCGUAGAAAACACUUCGGAUGCGAGCAAUGUUAGCGCACACAGCUCGGUUCCGGUUGAAAAUCCCCUGCAGCUGGGAAACUUUGUGACGGUGAGACGGCAUAGUCGCAGGACAAAACAUCACUCAACCGUUCCGAUUAAAGUCUCGAACAGGUUUGCCCCGCUCAGUGACGCACCGACUGAGAAACCUGCUGAAAGUGCCCUAGUGAUCGGUGAUUCUAUUGUCCGGAACGUUAACAUAGAGACACCAGCCACAAUAGUCAAAUGUUUACCGGGAGCCAGAGCGCCUGACAUCAAGUCAAACUUAAAUGUGCUGGCUAAGGCUAAUCGUAAAUACAGUAAGAUUGUUAUUCAUGUCGGCACAAAUGAUGUUAGACUCCGUCAAUCGGAGAUCACUAAAGAUAAUAUUAAAGAGGUGUGUGAGCUCGCAAAAACGAUGUCAGACACUGUAAUAUUCUCUGGCCCCCUUACUGCUUACCGUGGUGAUGAGAUUUAUAGCAGAUUAUCAUCACUAAAUGGCUGGUUGUCUGAGUGGUGCCUGCAGAAUAAUAUAGAUUUUAUAAAUAACUGGAAGAGUUUUGAGGGCAGACCUGACCUGUUGAAACGAGAUGGUCUCCAUCCCUCCUGGGAUGGGGUUUCCCUCCUCUCUAGAAAUUUGGCACACAGUCUUAAUAAUGCUAAAGUCUGACUACCUAGGGCCCAGGUCAGGAAGGAGACAGAAUGGCUUAACCAACUGUCUGCUUGCCGUCUCGCGUUACAGAAUACACAAAAUAUACAACAUGUAAUAAUCCCUUCUUACAAACAACAUAAAAUAGAGACUGUGUCUGUCCCCCGGAUUAGCAAACAUAAGAUAUUGCGUAAACCUCUUGAAAGUAAUUUAAUAAACGUUAAACAAAUCAAACAUGAACAAAAUACAGAUAAUCAGCUGUUACGACUCGGAUUGCUUAAUAU